AUGUUGAUCAAAUGGUUGAUUAAGUGCACACGACAUGCAAAACGGAAAGGAACUCCGAAUUUCGCUUCCGAAGAAGAAACAGUUCCAGUGAAAACAUCCAAUCCACAUCCGAUCAAUAUGCCGACAACAUACGAGCCCAAUUUGUUGAUUUGUGCCACUUUUGGCACUAGCAACAAGGAUAAUCGGGUACGACGUCAUCAAACUGUCCGAGAAGAGACGACGCCACCCUUUCCAUCACCGUAUAUGAAACUGGGGAAGAACUGUUCUUUGGAACAUGCGACAGUAGAGGAGUUGGUGGGAAUGGUAUCUUCGUCAACACAAGAGGAAAUGAACAUCGAGUCUAAAGCCCGAAUCGGACAUUUGCGGAUGAGAGGAUGUGGUUCAACGUCAGCUUUGACUGUUUACUCUCCAACAUCAAGCUACGAAGAGGAAAACGUCGAAGCUUUCUAUGUGGACCUGUAG